AUGAAUCAACACUUACACUCACCUACUAAGCUUACUGAAUUUGCUAGGGACUUCGAGGACGAUGAACCUGAAUCCUUACUCGGUCGCUUUGUUAACAAAAUUCAAAAUGUAUACAAUCAAAGCUAUAACACCGUUAAUGAAGUAGCAACGAGUGUUGCUGAUGGCACCGUACCGGCACAAGUCUCAAAAUCUGUAUUUUAUGCUGAUCGAAAAAUCGAUCCUAAUUCGGGCAUUAGCUUUUUACGUGACAACUUCAAUUCCAAUGUGAAUAUAGUAACAACAAAUGUUCAGCCAACAAACACGUUUAAUGCACCCGCAAACAAAGAUACUUCAGCAAGUUCCUCCACGCCGACAAGUAGCAGUACUCCAGAUGAAUUAAACGGUGAUCCUGGUGAACGUAUUCAGGAUUUACCCGCUGAAGCAAGUGAAGGACGUACAAUGGUCAAUGUACUAAAGCGUAUGAGCAGCUUAAUGGCUACGAAGAACAGUGAUUUACGAAACUAUAGAGACACUGAGUUGCACCGAUUUUGGAUGCCUGAUUCAAAGGCAAAAGAAUGUUAUGAUUGUGCACAGAGGUUCUCCACCUUUCGACGAAAGCAUCACUGCCGUCUUUGUGGGCAGAUCUUCUGUUCUAAAUGUUGCAACCAAGUUGUGCCUGGAAAAAUUAUUAUGUGUGCUGGUGAACUGAAAGUUUGUAACUAUUGCUCCAAAAUAGUACUUAGCUAUUUGAAAUCUACAAACAUAGCGGUUGAUUUGCAUGCUGAUUUGCAAGCGUUGCAGCAAGAUCUCACACAGAAACUGGAGGAUAAAAAUGAAAAUAGCAAAAAAGAGGGUCUGCCGGUACGUGCAAACUUAGCUCGUAAGAUAUCGGUAGGCUAUCAAGAAGAACGUUUUGCUACACAUGUAGGCAGCAAUUUGUCAGUUGACGAUCGAAAAAACAUACUGCAGCAAUCGAAUUCCCUUAUAACUCUACACGAGGAGAUGCGACGUCAACUACCCGGUCAGGACUGUGGAACACACCUAAUUGAAUACUUGAUUACGCAUAACAAAUCGUCGAAUAAGGUGCAAGCAGUCGCAAUUUUAAAUGCAAUGCUUGCUGCUGGUUUUCUACAGCCCAUAGUGCCGGAUUCCGACCAAAUCGAAUUCGACGAAAGCCUCCAUUACAAAUUUAUUGAGCUACAUAAACAGUGCAUUACCAACGUGCAUAUUAAGGAUCCCAAUUUGAUGUCUGAAUCUAAUAGUCCGCAGAUUGAAAGCAGUGGUGAACUUCAACCGCCCAAAUCUUUAGAUGUCUCUUUGAGUUUCCAUUCUUUGCAGGACAUGGAAUUAGAAUAUUCUAUGCGGUCCACAACAACUACAACUAAACUCCUGGAGUCCUAUUGUGAUUACGAAGAGCAAUUGCUAACUCAGAUGCUACGCACCUUUCAACUCGAUCUGCGCUGGUCGAAGGUGUUAAUGUCGUUGUGCUGUCGUGCAGCUAAUCAUUUCAAACCAGAAUAUUGCACCAACGACCUGAUGGACAUACGAAAUUAUGUGAACAUCAAAAAAAUACCGGGUGGAAAACGGCAGGAGUGCACGAUUGUGGGUGGAGUUGUAUUUUCGAAGAAUAUCGCGCACAAAGAUAUGGCAACGCGGGUUGAACAUCCUCGCAUUCUUCUUUUGCAGUGCCCUAUUGUUUACGAACGUAUAGAGGGAAAAUUUGUCAGCAUUUCCACAGUGCUGCUACAAGAAAAAGAGUAUUUACGCCGUGUCUGCGAUCGCAUUAUGAGCUUCAAACCAAAUGUGGUUUUAGUACAUAAGAAUGUUGCGGGCGUUGCGCAGGAUAUGCUGCGAUCACAAGGCAUUACGUUGGUAUUGGAUUUAAAACUUUCAGUAAUGGAGCGCAUUUCUCGAACACUCCAAUGUGACAUCGUUACUUCUAUAGAGUCGAAUAUUGCUCGGCCUCAGCUCGGCACUUGUGAUGCUUUCUAUAUACGAAGUUUCAAUGAUGGCAGUGGUAGCAACAAGACGCUAAUGUUUUUUGAAAAACUCAACAAUCCACGUGGUUUCACUUGCUUACUAAGAGGAGGUACUAAUAAAGAACUUGCUAAGGUGAAGAAAGUAGCAUCGUUUUUGGUGUAUGCCCGCUAUAACUGGCGUUUGGAAAUGUCCUUUCUCUUGGAUGAGUUUGCUGAUCCUCUCAUUCCAAAACCACCCAUCUUUAAUUCUAAAGAACCCAGUCCUGUUGAUUUGCCAUCUGAUGAGGAUGAUCAAAUAAUACAUGCCAAACCUGCAAUAGAACGAAAAGUGGAGGAAAAAAUACUGUUACAACGCAAAGAAAUCAUUUCAGUAUCAGAAAAUGUUGCUGACUUUACUGAUCCACUACGUUCGGCGGAAAUCACAACAAAUAAGGUGUCUGUCGACCGAUCCGUUAUUGGAUUGGCAGUUGAGUCACGCUACGACAACCGCUUUCGCACUGCACUCAGCUCCACUUUACUCUCUGUCAGUCCGUUUCUCAGUUUUCCAUUGCCAUAUUUGGAAACCGAACAGGGGCGUAAAUGUUCAUUACGCCCGCUUUUCCCAACUGAGUUGUACUAUUCGAAAUUAUGGUCGGAUAGGAGCAACCUGCAUUUAGAUCGUCACGAAAGUUUGGAACAGCUUAAAAAUACCAUUAAUGAAAAUAUGCUAAAAUCGCCACAUCCAUUUUUAAAAAUUAAAAUUACAACGCCAUGGGAUAAUCGCGAUAUACAAACGCUGCUGGCUGAGUUUCGUGCUUGUGGAGGACGCUACCCCAAGAAGAAAAAAAUGUUGAAAGAGUUAAUCAAAGUUCCACAAAAAGUAGCUGAAGAUUAUUCGUAUAAGGACGCUCUCGAUUUGGAAAACCAUCAACGGCUGCCGGUUCUGUUCUGUAGCUUUUAUUUCAAUCCAAAAUCAGCAUCUUCUUUUUGUGCACCACCAACUUUGUUAGAUAUGAAAUUCUAUGGUCAACACGACAUUAUGCUUGGGCAGUUUUUACAGCGCUACUGUUGUCGUUUAAAUUCGAUGUGCAGGCUCUGCAAUUUGCCAAUGCUAGGACAUGUACGGCGUUACGUUCAUUCCAUGGGCUGUGUACAGGUCUUCCUCAGCGAGGAUAAUAUAAAAACUGAUCCGAAUCGUAUUUACUUUACGGCAUGGUGUACGAUUUGUAAUGAAAUGACGCCUAGCGUACCGCUUUCCGACAAUACUAAAUGCCUUUCUUUCGCUAAAUAUCUUGAGCUUCGUUUCCAUGGCCACGCUUACAAGAAACGUCAAGUUAUUGGCAGCAAUUCACCGGGAAUAACUCCAAGCUGUAGUGAAGUAAGUCGAUGUCAGCAUUCGCUACAUCGUGAUUAUGUGCACUAUUUCACCUAUCGGGGUGUGGGCGCAAAAUUUCAGUACACGCCUAUCGAAGUUUGGGACAUUGGCUUGCCUGAACUGGUAUUGGGUUUACAACCUUCAAAAGUAUCAGACCAAUUCAAAUACUUAGAAGAGAUAAAGAACUUUUCUAUGAAGGGUCACGAAGUGUAUACGCGCAUUCAUGAGCGUAUUGCUGAUUUGGCUACCGAGGAUGAUACUUUGGCGAUAGUGCUCAACCUAAAGACAGCACUGAGCAAGGAUCAAUUUAUUUUCAAGCAACAUAUCGAAAUCGUUCAAACCCUACUUGCAGAUCCAAAAUCAAGUGUUCACGACGUGAAUGAUGCUCUCCUUAUGUCUAAACGUGUACUUGCCGAGAGUAUUGAUUUGUGGGGGCCACGGGUACAUGAUAUUGCGUUGGCGCAAAAGGCCGCAGCGAAACAGUCGCACACAGAUUCAGGUACAAUUUGCACAGAAGAUUUACGUCCGGAAUAUUCAGAUGCUCCUCAAGUUGUACCAGAACUGUCUCACUUGAUCACCACUACCAUGGUGCAUGAUGACACGUCUUCGAAUGCAGAGGAUAACGUCGGCGAGUCUGAGAGUGAAUCGCAGAACAAUGUACAUAUAAUGAUGGAAAAAAAGUCGUCAGUAGAUCAAUUGCUCACGACAUCAGCAAGUACAGACAAAAAAUCGAUCAAAAAAAUACUUACACAGCUUCUGCCUUCUGCGGGACCAUCCAAUUUGCUACAGUCGCCCUUUUCAGCACAAGAACAUUAUACGCUUUCGCUGGGCGCAUUCCCGAUUCUCGUUCACGAUCAAGACUUAAGUUCACUUAUUGCAUACAGCCUGACAUCAAGUGACUAUCAGCGCUUUGUAGCUAACUUAGCCAGUAAUAGUUUCAUGGUUAACAACGCAGGAGCAGCAGUUCAAGUGGCUAAUAUAGAUGGUGCAAAUAAUACUCCUGCUGCCAAUCAAAAUAAUCCUAGCCCCAAUUUGAAGCGGAAAUCACAGGAAAGUUCACAGGAGGGUGAUGAAAAUGACAAAAAAGAAUUUUCAAAUAACAACGUCAACGCAGAUGAGGAGCGCAACAAGUUAAAAGCGCACAGUUCACAUAUUGAGUUAACAUUCCAGGAUAACGGCACACAAUUUACAUGCAAAAUUUAUUUUGCAAGAGAAUUUGAUUUGAUGCGGGCUAAAACGUUAAAACCUCCGAGCAUUGAUAAAUCGCUGUACAAGGAGAUUGAGCAGAGCAAAAAACGCGAAGAGCUAAAAGUAUCCCAAAGUCGUAGUGGUCCUGAGAUGGAAUUGGUGCGCAAGCCCAGCGACGUGGGUAUGCAAGCAGACACAAAUAAGCCAAAUAGCAGUGGACGUGGCGACGAUAAGACUUCAUUGCAAUCGGAAAUUGAGAAAUGUCGUAAUUAUCUGGCUCGCUCACUUUGCAGCAGUGUACAGUGGGAGGCCAGGGGCGGCAAGUCUGGUUCGAGGUUUUGUAAAACAUUAGAUGACCGUUUUGUUUUGAAGGAGAUGACAAAAAGUGAUAUCAACAUCUUUGAAAAUUUUGCACCAAAUUAUUUUGAGUAUAUCAGUAAAUGUCAGCAACAAAACCAACCAACUCUGUUGGCGAAAAUAUUUGGAGUUUUUAAAGUUAUUAUCAAAAAGAAGGAUUCUUCUGUGGAAAAAUCACUGCUUGUUAUGGAGAAUCUCUUUUUCGGUUGUGAUAUCAAAAAUAAAUUCGACUUGAAAGGCUCUGAACGGAACCGCUUAGUGGAUCCAUCCGAUCAGCAAGGUGAAAUAGUAUUGCUGGAUGAAAAUUUAGUGCAAAUGUCUUGGUCUAAGCCACUAUACAUUUUAUCACACAGCAAGUCGGUUCUCAAAGAUGCGAUUAAUAGAGACGCUACCUUUUUGGAAAAGAAUCAAGUUAUGGACUACUCACUACUCGUAGGUUUGGAUCACAAAAAUAAUGUUCUAGUGUUGGGCAUAAUUGACUACAUACGCACAUUUACGUUUGAUAAAAGGGUUGAGUCAUUUGUUAAACAAACUGGUAUACUCGGCGGUAUGGGAAAAUUGCCAACUGUUAUAUCACCAGAGCGUUAUAGGCAACGUUUUAUUGAUGCCAUGGAUCGCUAUUUCUACACAGUGCCAGAUCGUUGGGAAGGUCUUUCGAAAACUUGAUUGUCCAGUUUGUUAAAAGCAAGAAGUUAAACUGUCUGGUAUUUUAACGUUAAAAUAUAUAUAUGUCCUCCAGUA